AUGGUCCAUUAUACUUGGGCUAAUGGCCCAGUAAGUAGGCCCGAUAGCUCAAAAUGUUUGCCAAUGGCCCAGUCGUCCAGGAGAAUCUUUGGUGUUCCUAUAAGACGCCUCAAAGGUUCUCCUCUUUGGCUUCGUCUUCGACUUCUGGUUGCUUUUUCUCAUUGGCAAAGUUUGAACGCUUCCUUAGGCCUUGUCAGGUUAUCUUUUUCAGCUCCAAUAGAAGAGUCUGUAACGCUUUGA